AUGCAGGAGCGGAAGAGCGUCGAUCAACAUAUUGUACAGACGCUGACCUCAAAGCAUCUUCGGUACAUAUGUAGCUAUACAGAUCCAGUGUUGUCUAUGUCCAUUUCUCCCCACACAUCUGACCCCCCUGGUGUCCUCAUACGCCAUCAAAAGCGCGUUUCUGUUAAUGGAGUCACACUAUCGUCAGCUGCUUCUCCAUACCAUGUACAGUGGUAUACUGAGCAGCGUCUUUUUCUCCACUCGUACAAGCCAGGGGCAUCUACCUUUACUAACGUCCUACAAUUAAUUGAUAUCGAACUGGAUAAGACUAUCGACUCCAUUGCAAUUACUUUCAACGAUACCACCUCUGCCCCAGCCGAAGUUACUGACUGUCCGUGCACCACAUGUAGCAAGGACAUGCAGACCUUUCUCGUAGGAGGAAAGACCAUGCAGGCUAUUGAUAUCCGAACCAAGAAAAGACUCUUUGUUAGUAACUCUGCCCCAGUUCGCGCGCUAGCCCUCUACUCCAAGACUCCCUACAGCAUUUUCUACUUGGCUGGCCAUCAGUAUCUGUCCCUGUUUACAAUGGAUCUCCGAACCCAGAAGGAGAUCUUGCUAUUCCCCAAGGCGACCCAGACCUCCGCCAAAUUAGCUUUAGAAGUCUGUCCACAUUUAGAAAGUAAGACAUUGCUAUAUACCAUCCAAUCAGACAGAUUAUUUACAGUCGUUGGUCAUCAUGCACGUAACAAUGAUAACAAUAAUGGACUCGAUACGAAAUCCACAGCGUCUUUAAUGUCACGUGUGGCAAAACAUCCCAGUGAAACCUUCACCUGGCUUCACAGCAUACUAUGUUACAAUAAUACCUUGGUGUCUCCAUAUCUUGUGUGCAGUAGAACGGAAAGUAGAUUAGCUCUGUUGAAUGCUACAAGCACUGAGUCUGAACACGAAGGUCUCGACCCCUUACUGUGCAGUAACAUUGCCAGUAGAAACACCUCUUUGAGGUUAGGAUCUGCUAUAUCAAGGGCAUGCUCUGCAGCGGCAGCCCGGGAUGUCCUCGCGGUCGCCAUUGAUGGGGGCGUGUAUGCAACGUCUACCUUUUGA